GGGGACCAAAAUCGUACUAGAGAGUAUAGCAUGUCACACGAAAUGCGUUAUGCGCUAUAGUCUGACCAUUCCCCACCACACGGUAUGCUCGGCUCCAUGUACUUGUAUAUGUUUAGUAUAUAUCUGUGUGUGUAUAAUAGCAUACACAUUAUACAUGUACAGUGUAGCGCCUGCAUAACUAUAUCAAUACAUUUCUAAACAUUUAUUUAUUCGAUAUUAACCUACAAACACUUUGAACUUGCGGAGAUAUUGUUUUAAAUUUUAUAAUUUAUUUAUAAUCGAUAUAAAUAUAAAUUUGUGUCAGUUGAAUACAGUAAAAUAUGGAAGUUACGUAUUCUAGUGAGAAUGAUCCGGGAGUUGCGGAACACGUGGAUGCGGUAAUUAAUCCUGAAACCUGUCCAUCAACAACAACCGGUCAUAAAAAAACUCAAGCAAUUCGACAACAAGAAUACAGACUUCGGAUGAAAGAAAAGUCUGGGCCUAAAAAACAGAAAGAGGACAGACCAGCCAAAAAGUCCGCAGCGGAGCGUCAACGGGAAUGCAGGUUGAGAAAAAAACUCCGAGCGAAUCAAAACAUCAACGCAGAGUCAAACUCAGACGUUACUGAAAUUUUACCGAGGCAAGAUGCAGGACCUUCCAACUACUUGACAUCGGUAACUACAGCACAGGUGGUACCUUCAAGUCCUGACGAUGGACCUGUCAUUACACACCACGAAGUAGUUAUUGAGACUGCACCGGUAUCAACAAAAAAACGUCAAAACGUACAACAGCACGAAAGUGUUAGUGAUGUGUACAAAAAAAAAAGGAAACCAAAUCAAACCAGAAACCUUAAUUUUGAUGAGAUUUGUCAGCUUCCCAGCCAACCUAUACUGACUCCUCGUUUGCUAACUAAUGAAAUGGAAAUUUUACAACCAGCCGAGAAUGAAUUCAUUGAAAAUGAAGACAAUAUCAACAUGUCUGAAGAGUCAACAUCGGAGCCAAAUUCUAGCCUGCCAUACCGUAGCUAUCAAACUCAUAAAUCAGCACAUAAGCUAUUUAAAAAAAAGAUCCUACAGAAUUCCUUUGGUCACGCCUGUAAUGUUUGUGAUCGUUUAUGGUUUUUAGAAGAUCUUAAAUGUGGAUCAGCAGAUGAAGAAAUCUUACUUAAACGAAUUACGAAUUUUACGGAUGUCACUCAAGUCAUGAUGUGCAAAACUUGCAGAGCCAGUAUCUUAAAAGGCAAUAUUCCCUUUUUAGCUACGUAUAAUGGUUUUAAAUAUCCACAAAGACCAGUGGAUUUGCCGGAAUUGGAUAUUAUUGCUGAGAGACUUAUUUCACCAAGGCUUCCGUUUAUGCAAAUACGUAGAUUACGCCAUUUCAAUGGUCAAUUUGCUAUAACUGGCCAAAUAAUUAAUGUGCCUGUCUCGGUUGAUAAUAUGAUAAAACUUUUACCAAGGCCGCUUGAUGGAAAUGAAGAAGACUAUUGUAUUAAUGUUCAUAUUAAGAAGAAACUUAUUCAUAAAACAAGUUACCUUCACGGAUUGGUUAAAGGUAUUGUCAUUAAAAAAUGGUUGACGUAUUUAAUUGAAACACCUCUGUAUAAGCACUUCCAAAUUAAAGUGGAUGAUGCUUGGUUUACAUCCAAUGGUGAGAAAGUCAUAAUUGAUUACACGGAUACAGGAGGAUCGAGUAGACAAGAUGAUGUGCAAGAGCUUCCAUCCUCUGAAACAGCAAAUCACACUCACUCUGUGGAUUCUGACUCCAUAGAAAAACGAAUACACAUCGAUGAUUUAAGUGAACAUAUUGUGAUUGAUGAAAGUCUGACUGCGCAACAGCAAACUCUCAUGUGGAGUGAGGAUAAAUUUUACAAAUUGCUCCAGGUGAAAAUAAAGUUCCAGAGAGUUUGUUAUUUGACACAUAUGCAGAGGAAUUAUCAUUUCCAGCCAUUUACCUUGGGGAAUUUCGUGUAUUUCGAGAAGAAGCCAAUGUAA